UAGAUGAUGAAAAAUUUUAGGUAUUUAUACUACAAAAAGAAAGCACAUUUUAAAAUAAAAUAUGGACAACAACCCAAAGCCAAUGAAGGAUUUCAAACCAGUAGAGACGGUGGACAAUGCUGCGGACCAGUUUAGAAAGACUCAGCAGGCUCAAUAUGAGUCCAUGGAGCGGGCCAGUCGGGACAGAGUCCUGAUUGUAGAAAACCAUAACCAGGCCUGUCCCCGACUCCAAGAUGAGCUGCAGAAACGCCUUUCCAUUUCAAGGGUAACAGCAGAGUCGUGCGCGCCAAAAAUAAGCGCCUGCAGAAAGUCGACUAGCCGCCUACAGUUAGGAAACACUAAAUCCAGGCGCAAAAACACGAAAAAUAACAGCACACGUACAAAAAUUGAAAAAGGAACGAAGAGGAAAAAUUCAAAUCGAAAAAAUAAUCUUAAAAAUCUGAUUGGCACCUGCCCACAAUGCCUGUCCAAGUUAAGAAAAGCAAAGCAAACACCCUUCCGUAUUAACCGUUCGAUACAAAAUAUAUUUACGGCUAAAGAAUUUGAUAAGUCGUAUUCUGAUGACGAUGCUGCAUUACUGAUGAUCGUAGAAGGGAGAACUAAAGCUAAGGAUAGCCUCUCAGUUGCAUCUUCGCAAUAUCCAGACACUAGUAACCAAUCCUUAGCCAGCUACCACUCUUUUGACUCCAUGGAUAAGGAACCUAUGGUCUAAUAGAAUGUUUUAGCUACUUACACAAAAAUGUGCCGUAAAUUA